AUGUCAAGAAGAGAUUCCCAUGGUAGCAAUGCUUUCACGUUUCUGCUGAAUAAUGAAAGCGUGAUCUGUGACUCUGUUGUCUGUGGCAGCAGGGAACGCAGAACAGACCACACAGCAGUGACUUGCUGGAACUAUCACUGUAAACCGUUUGACAAACUGCCAGUUUUCCUUUUGAAACAAGGUUAUCACAGAGGAUUGUUUGAAAAUGCAUUAGAAGACAACUCAAGAGAACAAGUCUCAGGUCUGCUACUUCUCUAUUCCAGCUAUAUUUUUCACGUAGUAGAGUCUUGCAGCAGCACAAUUCAUCUCAUCAUCCAAGAUUUGGCUUCUCUCCAAAAUCAAGGUCAUAGGAUGGAAUUCACUCUCUUUCCACGCAGUGCUUUACUCCAGGAAAUUAAAGUUUUAGUGGUGGCACAUAACAUCCCCACCAGACUGUUCCCAGACUGGUACGUGGCAAUAGCAACAUCUCCCGUGACACGUCCACAAGACUCGACGCAAUCGCAGUCUACGGCAGAGGUGGUCGCAGAGUGCCUUACCCGCCUGCUCAAACUGGCAGCCUGUAUUCAAAAUGUUGAGGAUGACAGUGAGGAUACCAAUGAGAGCGUACACACUCUUGCACCCGAGCUGCUAAUCCCGGCAGAGACAAUUAACUAUUUGUGUAAUGCUGAAGAGUGCGCAAGUCCAGAAGAUUUUCUGAGAAUUUAUUUAAGUCCUUCACAACCUGCCCUGGAUUCAGAAACAGUAUGGCCUGUUCCAUCCCAUUUCUCUGCAUGA